AUGGCAGUCAGACUGUGUGAUGUGGCUUCUCUGCUUAGAAGUGGUUCGUGGGCAGCAGAGCCUUGGACCGGGCAGGUAAUUGCUGCCAUGGAAACACAACUGUCUAAUGGGCCAACUUGCAAUAACACAGCCAAUGGUCCAACCACCAUAAAUAACAACUGCUCAUCACCAGUUGACUCUGGGAACACGGAGGACAGCAAGACCAACUUAAUAGUCAACUACCUUCCUCAGAACAUGACCCAGGAAGAACUGAAGAGUCUUUUUGGGAGCAUUGGUGAGAUAGAGUCCUGUAAACUUGUAAGAGACAAAAUAACAGGGCAGAGCUUGGGAUAUGGCUUUGUGAACUACAUUGACCCCAAGGAUGCAGAGAAAGCUAUCAACACCCUGAAUGGAUUGAGACUUCAAACCAAAACAAUAAAAGUUUCCUAUGCUCGCCCAAGUUCAGCUUCCAUCAGAGAUGCAAAUUUGUAUGUCAGUGGACUUCCAAAAACAAUGACCCAGAAGGAGUUGGAACAGCUUUUUUCACAGUAUGGACGCAUUAUUACUUCUCGUAUUCUUGUCGACCAGGUCACUGGCAUAUCAAGGGGUGUAGGGUUUAUUCGAUUUGACAAGCGGAUUGAGGCAGAAGAAGCUAUCAAAGGCCUAAAUGGCCAGAAACCUCCUGGUGCCACAGAGCCAAUCACUGUAAAGUUUGCUAAUAAUCCAAGCCAAAAAACCAAUCAGGCCAUCCUUUCCCAGCUGUACCAGUCUCCAAACAGAAGGUAUCCAGGACCGCUAGCUCAGCAGGCACAGCGUUUUAGGUUGGACAAUCUGCUCAAUAUGGCUUAUGGAGUAAAGAGUAGGUUUUCUCCAAUGACCAUUGAUGGAAUGACCAGUUUGGCUGGAAUUAAUAUCCCUGGGCACCCUGGAACAGGGUGGUGUAUAUUUGUGUACAACCUGGCUCCUGACGCAGACGAGAGUAUCCUGUGGCAAAUGUUUGGGCCUUUUGGAGCUGUCACCAACGUGAAGGUCAUCCGUGACUUUAACACCAAUAAAUGCAAAGGUUUUGGAUUUGUGACUAUGACAAACUAUGAUGAGGCCGCCAUGGCGAUAGCUAGCCUCAAUGGAUACCGUCUGGGAGACAGAGUACUGCAGGUCUCCUUUAAGACAAACAAAACGCACAAAGCCUAA